UUAAAAUUGACUCUGUAUUGUUUAGUACAUUCUUUCAGGGGACAGUGCUACACAUCUUCUCUUUUUUUGGAGAGCGUAGGAGGAACUGUUAUGUAAUCGGUGUGGUUCCCCCUGGUGUGGAGAGGUAUCCUCCCAGUUUAACAUUUACAUUUGUAAGCUUCUCUGUGCAUCUGUAUUAUACACAAUGAUGUGUUCCAGGAGACAACUGCUGUGGGGUGCCUGUGUUCUAAUACUCUGGAUUAGUGUGACAGGAAUUCACUACCUGCCUGAGAAAGCUAUUAAUUUUACCAAGUGCUCCCCAACUUCAAAUGACUGCCCUAGUCAUUCCUCUUGUGUGGAAACCAGGAAUGGAUACUACUGCGCAUGUGAUCAAGGAUUCUACAAUGACAAAGACCGGGUGACAAUUACUUACCCUGGAGGAAAGUGUACUGCACUCUGUACAAGAGAAGGUAGCAGCUCUCCGUGUACUUGCAACUCUGGAUUCGGUAGGAUAAAAAUCGAUAAAGAUCUUUUCUAUUGUACAGAUAAAUGUACAGAUAAUAGGGAUUGUCCUGGAAAUGUCAGCUGUCGUAGCCAAAUAUGUUACUGUCCAGAUGGACAGUGUAAUUCUGGAUAUUUACCGCAGUGCAUCCCAUGGAUAAGAUUGGACGAGGAGUGCGCAGCCCCCAGCACUAGGCCACCAACGACGAUUACACCGAGUGUGGAGACCAGUAAAACAACAGCAACAAUGCAAAGUACACAUUGGAGAACUUCAACUGUCCCAAUUCCACAAACAUCACGACCAGCCCCCAGCACUAGGCCACCAACGACGAUUACACCGAGUGUGGAGACCAGUAAAACAACAGCAACAAUGCAAAGUACACAUUGGAGAAAUUCAACUGUCCCAAUUCCACAAACAUCACGGCCAGAAAACAAGAGAUGUAAACCACAGUAUAGCAAGGAGCUGGAGGAAUGCGAGCAAUCCAUGCGUCAGGAAGCAUUUUGCUCUUUGUUGAGGGAGAAUGCUCGCAUUCAGGAACAAUCUUGUCAAACCACUAAGACCAACAUUUCUGUGGAGCAAGUGACCCAGGAAUUUACUAAUGUUCUCAAUCAUGUUGCCUUAACCAACUGGAGCACCUCAGAGCGACGUUUAGCUGUCACUUCCAUAGUCAAUAGUGUUCAGAACUCACUGUUGGAAAAGUUCUCUAAAGAGCUACAGAACCGUAACAUCAGCACGCCAGAGCUAGAGGUCCAGAUGAAGGUUUCCAGGGAUCUGUGUGGUAAAGGAGCCCCUUCCAUAACUCUGACUGUUGUGGAGAACACCAUGAGGGUGCCAUGCACCCUUGUGCCUGGAAAUACUGAUGGAGCAAUCCUAAUCACCUAUAAAGGACUUGGAGAAAUAGGAGAAAGUGACCAUGAAAAUACAGAGGAGAUCAAUUCCCUUAUAAUAAGUGGAGCCAUCACCAAUCCCAAUACAGAGAACUUGGACCCACCAGUGGCCUUCUACCUAAGACAGCUAAAGGCAGUUCCUCCAUCCUUCGUUGUGCAAUGUGUGUUCUGGGAUACAGAGAUGAUGGUUUGGUCAAACCGUGGAUGCGAGACCAAGAAGUCUGACAUAGUGAACAACACUUUCUGUGUCUGCAACCACCUGUCCACCUUUGCUGUCCUCAUGGCACCCGGUGACAUCCAGGAGGAUUAUGGCCUCAUUCUGAUCUCUAGGAUUGGCCUGAGCGUAUCCCUUGUCUGCUUGUGUCUGUCCAUCCUUACAUUCACCUUGUGCCGGUCUAUAAGAAGUGCUCAUAGCUCCGUCCUGACAGCUCUGUGCGGAUGUCUCUUCAUUGGACAGCUUCUGGUUUUGUUUGGCCUUCAUCAGACUGGGAAUAAGAUCCUGUGUGCGGUUAUUGCUGGUCUCCUCCAGUUCUCCUUCCUCUGUGCCUUCUGCUGGAUGUCUCUGGAGAGCGCCCUACUCUUCAUGACAGUCCGAAACCUCCAGGCUUUGAAUUACAUGACAUCACAGCGCUCCCAUUUCCCAUAUGUUUGUAUAGCUGGGUUUGGAAUUCCUCUCAUCAUUAUUAUCGUCUCUGCGGCAAUGCGGCCCGAUGCAUACGGAACAGAAAAAUACUGUUGGCUUCACCUUGAUCUCAUCUGGAGUUUUCUUGGUCCAGUGUGUGUUUUAAUGGCUAUAAACUUUACUCUCUUGGUUCUUACGUUUGCCCUUCUCAGGCAUAAAGUGUCAUCUCUUAAUUCAAAUGUUUCAACUAUAAAAAACACCCGUCUUCUGACAUUCAAGGCUUUGUCUCAGCUGUUUAUAUUGGGCUGUACCUGGAUUUUCGGUCUCUUCCAGUUUGGGUCGGGCGCCUUGGUCAUGUCCUACAUCUUCACCAUCUGCAACAGCCUCCAGGGAUUGUACAUCUUCUGUGUACACUGCCUGCUCAACCGCCAGGUGUGGAAAGAGUAUAUGAGGGGAUUCCGUAGAUUCCAUUCUAAGAAGUCUGAGUCGGAAGAAACCAAGUAUAGCAAUACGGUGCCCACAACAUUAAAGUCGAACCAAGUAUCAGCAGUAACACAUCUGUAGAGGAAGUGAUUGCCUACCCUUGAGAACCUUCGGAAUUCUUCGCUGCAGCAUAUGGACUAUCCAGAAUGUAAUCCUUUGGGGGAAUUGAUCAUUAUGAACUAUGUUGGGGAGAAAAAAAAAUUCUUGGACUGUAAGAACUACAAGAAGUUUUUUGUGGACACAUGAGCAGCGAACUGAAGGACUGACAGCCAUUGUUUGGGACCAAAAGGAAGUGAAGAGUGUCAACCAGUAUUUGCUUAUAUUGCACAUAUGCAAGCAAUGAUAUAUUUAAAUGACAGCACCACUUUAUGACAUAUGUGCCUAGGGCUAUUAACCUCCCUGGCGGUAUGAUUCUGUCUGGAAUUACGUACCAAAAGCGGUACAAUUAUUUUGCAAGGAAAU